CUGUGAGGUGUUGACAUCCAUCAAAUUGCGACCUCCAUUCAUCCUUCAUUCCACAGUAAAAUUAAUUUUAAGUUCAUAUUUAGAAAAUUAACCGUACUACCUCAAAUAAAGAAGCUUCGAAUAAGCUCUAACGAGUGUGCGGUGUAGUAUUUAAGUGUAAAAUUGCUGAGUUUUCGUACAAAUGGCUUUGAAAUCACCACCGGUUUUACUCGGCCUCCUCGGGCGCCUUUCCCGACGGUCUUUUUCUACCUCGAAGGCUUUGGCGUCGACACCUGUGACUGUGCGCGAUGCCCUGAAACAGGCAAUCGAUGAGGAAAUGGAAAGAGACGAUAAAGUUUUCGUUUUAGGAGAAGAGGUAGCACAAUACGAUGGUGCAUACAAAGUGACCAGGGGGUUAUGGAAGAAGUAUGGAGACAAAAGAGUAAUAGAUACACCUAUAACAGAGAUAGGGUUUGCGGGUAUCGCUGUAGGUGCUGCGUUUGGUGGUUUGAAGCCCAUUUGUGAGUUCAUGACGUUCAAUUUCUCCAUGCAGGCCAUUGAUCAUAUAAUAAACUCAGCCGCAAAAACAUUCUACAUGUCAGCGGGCGCCAUCCCAGUGCCCAUCGUGUUCCGCGGGCCCAACGGCGUGGCGGCCGGCGUGGGGGCCCAGCACUCGCAGUGCUUCGGCGCCUGGUAUGGGAACUGCCCCGGGCUCAAAGUGCUCAUGCCAUACUCCGCAGAGGAUGCUAAAGGGUUAUUAAAAGCUGCCAUCCGUGACCCCGACCCGGUGGUGUUCCUGGAAGACGAGCUGAUGUACGGCGUGCCUUUCCCCAUGUCCGACGAGGCCAUGUCAGCGGACUUCGUGCUGCCCAUAGGUAAAGCCAAGAUCGAGAGGCCGGGCAGCCACAUAACGCUGGUGUGCGCCGGCAAAGCCACCGACACCGCGCUGCAGGCUGCCAACGAACUCGCCGGAAAUGGAAUCGAAUGCGAGGUGAUCAACCUGCGCUCGAUCCGGCCGCUGGACUUCGACACCAUCGCGCAGUCCGUCGCCAAGACGCACCACCUCGUCACCGUGGAGCAGGGCUGGCCGCAGUCAGGCAUCGGCGCGGAGAUCUGCGCGCGAGUGAUGGAGUCGAGCGCGUUCUUCGAGCUGGACGCACCGGUGUGGCGCGUCACCGGCGUCGACGUGCCCAUGCCCUACACGCGCUCGCUGGAGGGGCUCGCCGUGCCGCGCGCGCCCGACGUGGUCGCCGCCGUCACCGCCGUGCUCGGCAACAAAAUAGUAGAACCAAUUCGCCAGUGAAAUAGGAAUCUCCGUGUAUACAUCGCGUCAAACAAAUUGUAAAUAUUUAUUUAUAUUGUAUUUAUAACGAAAGCAAAUAUUGCGCCAACGCGUCGAUUACUUUGUACUUGUGCCAGGAGCGGUGAUAGAGAAAUGUUAUUUAAAUAAAUUUAUUGUUUAUA